ACCGGGAGAAGUCAACACGCCUUUAACUCCCGCAACCCCACUCCCCAUCCAGUAUCCACUACGAGUUUUUCCUCGCAAAAUUCAAGUCUGCAACACACUUGUUGGAAGUAUUUCUGUAGCCCAUCAUUCCAAUGAUGGACCAUGUGCACCCAGAACUGCUUGAAGUCAACAAACUACAACAACGAUGAGAUCCCAAACCCGUUCCAAGCCAUGUUGGCGAGACAGGGCAUUACUUUGUGCUUUCAUUGCCAUUCCCAAAUUGCAAGCACUUUUUUACUACUGGCUAGUAGGUCUAGCAGAAGCAGAUUUGCUCUUUUUGUUUAAGGAUGAAGUUUUCUUUUCUUUAUUUAAAUGAAAUCAUUUGUUAAUUCUAAUAUUUGCAAGAUGUUUUCUGGAUUUGGAAUUUCACGUUGAAGAUAGAGAAAGAGGUUGAAUUUUUCCUUUUUCUUUUUUUUGCCAAGUCAAACGCUUAAAAAUUCUGUCGUCCCUGUUUAACUGCCGGCUGAUUUUGGAUGCAAACCAUGCGACAUUUUGUCUUUUCUUUGUCCACUUCACCAAAACCAAAAUACCAUCCUCGUUGCUUUCCCCUGUUCGAUUUUUCCCAUUGCAGGUUCGUCAACUUUUCCAGCCUAAGUUUUAUCCUUCUCUUCUUCCUCUGGUUGCCUUUCCUGGAUCAGUUUUCUGUUCACAACCACAUCCUUUGCAGAUUGGAGAAACCAUGGCUGGGGCUUUGGUAGGAGGAUCGGUUAUCUCUGCUUUUCUUCAGGUUUUGUUUGACAGGAUGGCUUCCCACGAGGUUUUGGACUUCUUCAGGGGCCGAAAGCUCAAUGAAGGACUGCUUAUGAAACUGAAGACCACAAUGAUAUCUGUCAAUGGACUGCUUGAUGAUGCAGAGGAAAAGCAAAUGGCCAAGUUAACUGUGAAACAGUGGCUCGAUGAACUUAAAGAUGCUGUCUACGAGGCUGAUGACCUGUUGGAUAGCAUUGCUUAUGAAGCUCUGCGAUCAAAGUUGGAAGCUGGGUCUCAUUCCAUCGCAAAUCAGGUGCGGAACUUUUUCGCUUUUCGUGAUCCAUUUGGAAAGGAAAUGGAAGUCAAUUUAGAAAAUAUACUCGAUAGACUUGAAUUUUUAUUAAAACAGAAGGAUUCUCUAGGUCUGAAUUUGAAAGAGGGUGUAGAAGAAAAACCUUUUCAGCAGAAAAUACCAACAACUUCUGUGGUGGAUGAAUAUGGUUUUUAUGGUAGGGAUGGCGAUAAGAACACUUUAAUAGACUUGCUAUUAUCUGAUGAUGCAAAUGUCAAUGACCUAGGAGUGAUUCCAAUAGUAGGCAUGGGUGGGAUUGGUAAAACCACCCUUGCUCAGCAUGUUUACAAUGAUAGCAGAGUACAAGAAUGGUUUGAUCUUAAAGCAUGGGUCUAUGUUUCAGAAGAAUUCAAUGUUUUUAAAAUAACAAAAGACAUUUUUGAGGAGAUAACUUCAAAAACUUCUGACGCCAACACUUUGAAUAAGCUUCAACUUGAGCUGAAAACAAGAUUGAGAGGGAAAAAGUUUUUGCUUGUUUUAGAUGAUGUUUGGAAUGAUAAGUAUGGUGAUUGGGACAUUUUACGGAGACCUCUCAAAGCUGGAGCACGAGAAAGUAGGAUAGUUGUCACAACUCGCAACCAAAAUGUAGCGUCAAUUAUGUGCACAAUUCCAACUCAUGAUCUAAGGGAACUGAGCGAUGAUGAUUGUUGGUUUUUAUUUGCAAAGCAUGCUUUUACUGAUGGAAAUUUCGGCUCAUAUUCAAACUUAGAACCAAUCGGUAGAGAAAUAGUGAGAAAAUGCAAAGGUCUACCUUUAGCUGCAAAAGCACUAGCUGGCCUCUUGCGCUCCAAAGAAAAUGCUAAAGAAUGGGAGAAGGUCUUGAAGAGUAGCUUGUGGAAUUUGUCAAAUGAUAAUAUCCUUCCAGCUCUAAGGUUGAGCUAUCAUUAUCUCCCCUCCCAAUUAAAGCGUUGCUUUGCUUAUUGUGCAAUAUUGCCCAAGGAUUAUCAAAUUCGAAAGGAGAAGUUAAUUUGCUUGUGGAUGGCAGAGGGAUUUUUGGAUCAGCCGAUAGGAGAUAAGGAGGCAAUUGAGUUAGGUGAGGAAUACUUUCAGGAACUUAUGUCGAGGUCAUUUUUUCAACAAUCAAGACGUAGUCCGAUGCAUUUUGUUAUGCAUGACCUUAUAAAUGACUUGGCCAAAUUUGUGUUUGGAGAAUUUUGUGUUAGAUUAGAGGAUGAUAGUUCCUGCAAGAUUACCCAAAAAACUCGUCAUUUGUCAUAUUUAAGAACAAGGCAUGAUGCCUUGAAAAGGUUUGAGACCAUCUACGAAGCUAAGUUGCUACGUGCAUUCUUAUCAGUAAGUUUGUCAAGUCAUUCGAUUUCUGAAGAGAUUGACAGUGAGGUAAUGCAUGAUUUGCUGCCAAUGCUUCUGCGACUGCGUGUGCUAUCUCUAUCGCAUUAUGAUAAUGUAGUUGUGCUACCGGAUUCAAUUGGCAAGUUCAAACAUUUAAGAUAUUUGAGUUUUGCUGGAACGCCUAUUAAGAGAUUACCAGAAUCUGUCUGCAGUUUGUACAAUUUACAAACUUUAAUCUUGAUGAAGUGCAAAGAUCUAGUUGAGUUGCCAGCCAACAUGGGGAAGCUAAUGAACUUGUGUCAUCUUGAAAUUACUGAUACAAGCUUGAAAGAGAUGCCACUACACAUGGGGAAACUAACAAAGCUCAGAAAGUUAACCGAUUUUGUUUUGGGAAGUCACAGUGGCUCUAGCAUUAAAGAGUUAGCAGAGCUUCAGUAUCUGAGGGGAAAGCUUGGGUUUUGGAAUCUUCAAAAUGUCCUGGAUGCUAGCGACGCUUUGCAAGCUAAUUUGAAGGGUAAGAAGCACCUGGAGGAGCUGCAGUUGAGAUGGAAUGGUGACACUGAUAAUUCACUGCAUGACAGAGAUGUUCUUGAGCAACUAGAGCCUCAUAGAAAUGUGGAGAGUCUUCUAAUUGUUGGUUAUGGGGGUACAAGAUUUCCAGUUUGGGUAGGAAACUCUUCUUUCUCAAAUUUGGCAACCAUGCAGCUAAACGGAUGUAAAUACUGCUCCUUCUUACCCCCACUCGGGCAGUUGGUGUCUCUGAAGAUCCUUUCGAUCAAAGCAUUUGAUGGAGUAGUAGCUAUUGGUGAUGAGUUCUACGGUAAUAGCACAAGCAUGAAAAAGCCAUUUGGAUCCCUUGAAAUUUUAAGGUUCGAAAGCAUGCCACAAUGGCGGGAGUGGAUUUCUUAUGGUGAUGAAGCUUUCCCUCUUCUUCAAAAGCUUUCCAUCAAAAAAUGUCCCAACUUAACCAAUACCUUACCCAGUAAUCUUCCUUCAUUAACAAUGCUUGAGAUCCAGGGAUGCCAGCAGCUUGGGGCUUCACUUCCAAGGGCUCCAAUUAUUCUUUCAAUUAAAUUGGUGGAUGACUAUCGUAAUUUUUUGUUUGGGAAAAUGUCUUCUGGGUUGCAGCGUCUGAAAGUGGAAAGAUUCCAAUGCCACCCUUUUGAUCCUCUGCUGGUGCAAAUGGGUGGUCUUUCCACUAAUGUAGAUGAAAUAGAAAUCAGAAACUGCAAUGCACUUAAGUGCUUCCCAUUAGAACAUUUUUCCAGGUUAAAGACACUUAGUAUCAGUGGAUGUGCAAAUUUUGAAUCCCUUUCUGCUUCUGGAGGACCUUUGGGGGACUCGACACGUCUUAGCUCGUUAGUAAUAUCCAACUGCCCAAGUCUAUUAUCUUUUCCCGGAGGAGGAUUAGCAGCCCCAAAUUUGACAAAGCUUGAGCUAAAGGAUUGCUUAAAUUUGAAGUCCCUGCCAGAACUUAUGCACUCCCUCCUUCCUUCUCUUGUGGAUUUGAGGUUAUCUCAUUGUGCAGAACUUGUGUCCUUUCCACAAGGGGGUUUGCCUUCCAAGUUACAAUUGCUUUGGAUCCAUCACUGUAACAAACUCUUUGACAGCCGCUUGCGAUGGGAUUUACCAAGGCUUCCCUCUCUGUCGGAGUUUCUUAUUGGCACGAUUGAGGAAGUGGAGUCGUUUCCAGAAGAGAUACUGCUGCCCUCUACUGUUACCUCUCUCACAAUCUCAAGUUAUAAGUAUCUGAAAUAUUUAGACUCUAAAGGCCUUCAAUGCCUCAUCUCUCUCAGAGAACUGACGAUAAAGAACUGCCCAAAUUUGAAAGAGCUUCCAGGAAGUAUGCACUCCCUCCUCCCUUGCCUUAUGAAGCUGGUGAUCUUCAAUUGCCAGGAACUUGUGUCGUUUCCAGCAGGGGGUCUACCCUCUAAAUUAGAAUCACUUGCGGUCCUACGUUGCAAUAAACUUAUUGCUGGUCGCAUGCAAUGGGGUUUGCGGAGACUCCAUUCUCUUUUAAACUUGACUAUUGGCAAGGAUAAAGAUGUGGAAUCCUUUCCAGAUGAGAUGCUGCUGCCUUGCACUCUUACCUCUCUUAAAAUCAAGGAUUUUCAAAAUCUGAAGUCUCUAGACUAUAGGGGACUUCAAAACCUCUCCUGUCUUGGAGAAUUGAAGAUUUGGAAGUGCCCUAUGUUACAGUCCUUGCCAGUAGAGGGGCUGCCUUCUUCCCUUACUUCUCUAAUCAUCUCUGGUUGUUCUAUGCUGAAACAAAGGUGUCAACGUGAGAAUGGGGAAGAUUGGCCCAAGAUUUCUCACAUUCCCUUCGUGGAAAUCGACAAUGUUACCAUCAGUGAGAUAAAAGGCUAGACAGAUUCUCUUUUCUUGCAUCCGUCCAAUCCAGCAAGAUAAGGCAUGACAAUUGCAACUCAAUUUCAGUUUUUUUCCUUCCCUCUGUCUUCCCUUCACUGCUGUCUUCUUUGAAUGUUCAUGCCAUGUUUUUGUAAUUCAUUCUUGGUUGUUCCUAGCAGGGUUCUGAUACAAAAUUUCCUUCUUUAUGCAUUAGACGCUCAUUGAGUUCAUCUUUCAACACUGGCACUGGUUCUCUCAACAAAAAUUCAAUCCUCGCCAAGGAUACUGGAGCCAGUUUGUUCAGGCUUGACAAAGAGUGAGAACCACUGAGUGUAGCAUGAUGUGAUUCACUGUUUACUAUAGCAAACAGGCUUCUUAAGGGUUCUAGUGGUAAAG